AUGUUCCCUAUCUUCUUGGAGACUGCAGUGACACAAUUUACCCAGCACAUCAUAUCCUACCAGGAGACUGCAGUGACACAAUUUACCCAGCACAUCAUAUCCUACCAGGAGACUGCAGUGACACAAUUUACCCAGCACAUCAUAUCCUACCAGGAGACUGCAGUGACACAAUUUACCCAGCACAUCAUAUCCUACCAGGAGACUGCAGUGACACAAUUUACCCAGCACAUCAUAUCCUACCAGGAGACUGCAGUGACACAAUUUACCCAGCACAUCAUAUCCUACCAGGAGACUGCAGUGACACAAUUUACCCAGCACAUCAUAUCCUACCAGGAGACUGCAGUGACACAAUUUACCCAGCACAUCAUAUCCUACCAGGAGACUGCAGUGACACAAUUUACCCAGCACAUCAUAUCCUACCAGGAGACUGCAGUGACACAAUUUACCCAGCACAUCAUAUCCUACCAGGAGACUGCAGUGACACAAUUUACCCAGCACAUCAUAUCCUACCAGGAGACUGCAGUGACACAAUUUACCCAGCACAUCAUAUCCUACCAGGAGACUGCAGUGACACAAUUUACCCAGCACAUCAUAUCCUACCAGGAGACUGCAGUGACACAAUUUACCCAGCACAUCAUAUCCUACCAGGAGACUGCAGUGACACAAUUUACCCAGCACAUCAUAUCCUACCAGGAGACUGCAGUGACACAAUUUACCCAGCACAUCAUAUCCUACCAGGAGACUGCAGUGACACAAUUUACCCAGCACAUCAUAUCCUACCAGGAGACUGCAGUGACACAAUUUACCCAGCACAUCAUAUCCUACCAGGAGACUGCAGUGACACAAUUUACCCAGCACAUCAUAUCCUACCAGGAGACUGCAGUGACACAAUUUACCCAGCACAUCAUAUCCUACCAGGAGACUGCAGUGACACAAUUUACCCAGCACAUCAUAUCCUACCAGGAGACUGCAGUGACACAAUUUACCCAGCACAUCAUAUCCUACCAGGAGACUGCAGUGACACAAUUUACCCAGCACAUCAUAUCCUACCAGGAGACUGCAGUGACACAAUUUACCCAGCACAUCAUUCCAUCUUUACUAAAUUCAACACAUAUAAAACAGAUAUUUUAG